CUUCUUACAUUGAACAAUUUUAGUAAUUUAGCAGACACUCUUAUCCAGAACGAAUAACAGUAGUGAGGUUUCGUACUUUCUUCCCGUACUGGCUUACAUUGAACAAUUUUAGUAAUUUAGCAGACACUCUUAUCCAGAACGAAUAACAGUAGUGAGGUUUCGUACUUUCUUCCCGUACUGGUCCCCCGUAGGAAUCGAACCCAAAACCAUGGUCUACCAACUGAGCCGCUAGUAUGUUGAUGUCUCUCUGUUAGCCUAUCGGAUGAAAAGUAUGCUUAGUUUCCUUCGCUGUUGGAGCGGCGGCGCCGCUGUGCGUAGUUGCCUAUAGGUAGGCUACAAUACAAUAUUGGCAUGUAAAUGUAUUGUUGAAGAUGGAGGGUACAGGGAGAUAGAUGUAGUUGCUUACCGGCGUAUGGGCUCAUCAUUACUCAGACUAAAGAAUACAUGUCCUUAUAGGAAGAUGUUAAAACUAAUGACGGACCUAAAAGAGAAGAAGCUUGUUGAAGAGGCAGAAAAUGGAAAAGAGACCCCAGCCAAUGGAAAAGCUGAGGCUGAGGAGAAUGGUGAUCAAGACAAUGAUCUAGAGGAGGAUGAUGAUGAUGUGGGAGAGGAGGAGGAUGAGGAAGAUGAUGCUGAGGUUGAUGAAGAAGAUGAGGACGAUGAGGUCGAGGGUCGUGCAGGCAAGAGGGUGGCAGAAGAUGACGAUGAUGACGAGGAUGAUGUUGGAACAAAGAAGCAGAAAACCGCCAAUGAUUAAGAGUUGUGUGUUCAACCCCCUGGAAGCUGCUGCAACCUCUCUCCUUAAGCGCCAAACGUUUUGGAGGGAAACUGUGGUCAUCAUCAAGUAGAGUUCAACGUCCGUGUACACACACACAAAACUGCAAUUUUUUUUAGAAAACCCAAGACUUCAAAGUUCUACCUUCUUAACAAGAUACAGUACUUUAAAAUGAGAAUUUGUUUGUAUUUUUAUUUACAUUUUAUAUUUUUGUACAUAUUGUUAGGAGGUCAGCCAUUUUUCGACAGUGAUCUCUGGUUACCAAACGGUGCUUUGAAGUUGAUGCUUUUCUAUGAAAUAGACUUUACUUGUGGUUUGACCAUGCCAUGCUAUCUCAACACAAACCUGUACACAUUUCAGAAAACAAUUCAAUUUAAAGCAUUCCAGUAACUUUGUAAUUGUACUUUAGUUGUACCAUACAAAGUUGGUUUGUAUGAGAUGGCAAGGCCAAAGAAAAUAGGUUUAUUUUCUGUCUGUUAAAUGGCUGUCUGUUAUGGUCUGUGUAAUGUAUGUGUGAAUUUCUUGUAUGACAAUAAACCUGAAUUUUA